AAAAAUCUUUGGAUUGAAGUUGGGCAGAAACUGCUUCUCCGAUAGAAAUCCCGCUUCAGGCGAUGUCGGUGGCGACGCUGGCGAGCUAAAGAAACGCGUAGAAACACCGCAUCGGGUUAACGGACGUCUCGCGCCAAACUGCGCACGGGCAAGCCUUCAAAUCAAAGGCACCUUAUUAACUAUAAAGUCAUUUGUGACGAAAAUGAACACGUGUCAGUUUCGCACUUAAACGAUGUUGGAAUAAUAACGUGUUGAACUACUUAAAACAUUGUUAGAAUCCAGGUUGUGCCUUUAGAUUUUGAGAAAAGUAAAAACUAAGGAAUACUUUUUGACGUAUGUCAUUGAAGUCUCAAAUCCGGCCUGGUCUGUUUGGCAAGCGUUUCCGGAAGUCUCGCGAUGUUGCGCCUCGGUUUAGAAAUUCUGUCAUAGAGAGUGAUUUAAGCUAGUUGGCCGACUAGCAUGUUAGUAAAGAAAGUACUUCGCUGCAAAUGUUUCAAAAAUAUAUUGGCCUAUAUAGUCCUGUGGCAUUUAACGAAGACUAAGGGUUUAUUUUUAAGUGUCGGACAGGAAACGGACGGCUGGUAACGUUACAAUACAGGUGUCCUGCUGCAAUGUCAAGACGGAGCAGAAACAGCCGGGCAUGGCGUUACGUGUGGAGUGGACUACGGCGAGAUGCUGAUUCCCGGGCGCUGGUACUGUCCUCAGAAAGUGAAGAGUGGGGCUACGAACGCUUACAGUACAGUGACUCAGACUCUGAGCCAGACUACCGUCCCGUGGUGCCACCGGUCCCCAGUGCCGUGCCCGUUACCGGAGAGUCGUACUGCACCUGCGACUCCCAGGCCGAGCCCAGCUACAACCCACAUCUCCGGGGCUUCCACCGCAUCAAAGACUGCCACUGUGGAGAGGAAGACCAGGACUUUGACUGGGUGUGGGACGAUAGUAACCGCUCCACGGCCACGUUGAUGACCUGCGACAACCGCAAAGUAAACUUCCACACAGAGUACAGCUGCGGCACAGCAGCCAUAAGAGGCUCCAAGGAGCUGGCAGAUGGACAGCACUUCUGGGAGAUCAAGAUGACAUCACCAGUGUACGGGACAGAUAUGAUGGUAGGCAUCGGAACCUGUGACGUGAACCUGGAUAAGUACAGACAUACCUUCUGCAGCCUGUUGGGGAAAGAUGACGACAGCUGGGGUCUCUCCUACACUGGUCUGUUACAUCAUAAAGGAGACAAGGUGAACUUCUCCUCACGUUUCGGCCAGGGCUCAAUCAUCGGAGUGCACCUGGACACAUGGCAUGGAACACUCACCUUCUUUAAGAACCGCAAGUGCAUAGGGGUGGCGGCUACGGAGCUACAGAACAAGCAUUUCUACCCCAUGGCGUGUUCCACAGCAGCCAAGAGCAGCAUGAAGGUGAUCCGCUCCUGCUUCACGCCCACUUCCCUGCAGUACCUGUGCUGUGCUCGCCUACGCAAGCUCCUCCCUGAGUGCCCAGACACCCUGAGCGUACUGCCGCUGCCCCCUGGCCUGCGCCAUCUGCUGCACAAUAAGCUGGGCUGGGUCCUCCGCCUCAACAACGGCCUCCUGGGGGCUCCAGGGAGGGGGGGCUUGGGGUCUCACUUGCCCCCUACGGCCCCCUUGGCUGGGGCCUUGUCCUCUGAAAGCGAUGACUCUGAGGGGUGUUCGUCGGACCCUGAGGCAUGUCAGAGGAAGAGAUGUCGUUGGACGUGACGGGAAUCCGAUGUGACCCCCAAUGUAAACACAUGGGGUGUUUCCUAAAUUACACCCUAUUCCCUAAAAAUAGUGCACCACUGGUCAAAGACCCACAGGUCAAUAGGGUGCCUUUUGAAUGCAGCCAUGAACUGGACUGAAUCCCUGCCCCCUCCCUGAGACACACUCACGUUAUAACCCCUUACACACACACACACAUAUGUUACCGUUAAUGGUGAUCCCAGGACCUAGGGACAGUGUUGUGGGAACAUUUUAAUCAAGAUCAAACGAAUGUGGCACUAAGACCUAUGGCCAAACUUCAGUGUACAUUAGCAGUAUAUGCAACAACAAUGAUGACAUGACAUCAAUGAAAAGAGACCAAGCGCAGCAUUAUGUGGAUUGUCACCAUGCUUUCUCCUUGUACAUAAAAUGCUGGUUGGAUUGCUAUAAGAGUGGCCCGUAGUAUAAGGCCCUAUUUUAAGUUUCUGUUUUAGCUGACCGAAGAACGAAGUUGAGUCCAGAGAGUAGUCGCAAUUUGUUGCGCUUUCACAUCUCCAUGACCACAUUUAUUUGUUAUUUUUUUCCUCCCUCUUUGUUGUGCCUUUGUCUGGUCCUGGCACGAAAAUCCAAACAAUCCAUGUUACAUUAUUAAUGCAAGGUGUAAUAAGACAAGACUCGCACUCACAAUUUGACAUUUUCUAAAUAGGAGAAAAGGACUGCUUUGAAGGUAGUCCUGGUCAGAUUUAUUACAUGUAAAACAUGACCUUCAACAACUAUCCUAUCUAGAAGACCGUCCCUAGAUCAAUGUUGAUGGAGUCUGUCUGACCAAUGGUUAAAAUGAUGCAAAUUGGCGAGAGCUUGCGUUUGUAUGUCAUUAGCUGUUCUCUAAUGAAAUCAUAACUUCAUUAGGCUGGCAUUAACACUGGAAUUUAAUCAAAGUUUUGGAAAAUCUAUGGGAAAAUGUCUGUUCUUGCUCUGCAAGAAUACAUAGAUCAAGUAAUCCGUUAUUUUGUUGUUAAUCAGCACAUUUGUUUUGGAGCAGGAACAAUCUUAAUUAUUUUGUUUAGAUCAGCUUGACAAUAUAUUCCCCUGAAUUAUUUUUGUCAUAUCGACACCAGACAUGGCAUCAACUUGUAUUUUUAAUUUAUUUAUAUUUAUUUUUUAACUAGAUGUUUAGGGGGGGUUCUGAUGUAUUUUUCACUCAAUACUGCCGUCGUAUUAAAUAUGUGUUGGAGCAGUGAUGACUGUUACACAUACACACGCCAUCUAUGUUGAACUGUGAGUUGUCACGCACCAUUCUUAUACUGACCUCCCUGUUAUGCUCUCCUUCUGCUUGAUGGUUGACUCGUUUUGUCUGUUAGUUAUUUGAUUUUGUUGUCACAUGCAUUUGGUUGGAACCCCUGUGCGUCCAAUGGUUGGGUUUCAGACAUUGUACUGAAUAAAGAAUGCAAGGCGGGUAGAAAA